UAUGUCGACGUGCUCGAUCACAUCUUUCCCUUGCGACGACUAGCGCUCUUGAAGUAUACUUCAGGGAUAUGGUGUGUGUCCAUCUGAGGGCACUUCUGUGGAAGAAUCUCGUGGGCGGCCGUUCGUCUGUGGACCAUCCCUUUGUGUUCCUUCCAGUUACGUUUCUCGUGGCGGCAGUGCUGCAGAUGGAAGCCAGCUGGAUGCUCGUUGACCACGUGAUAUCCUGGCCCAUAGCGGCUGACAAGCUGCAAUCUCCCAUGGGAACAGUUCCAAACCAUACGGAAACCAGAGUGACCUACGGUCCCAAUACUGCCUACGCUCGUUUCAUAGCGCUGGAAGCUUUCCCACUUCUGAAGCCAGCGUGCAUGCGGAAUGGUACUAGCGUGAGCUGUUUUAUAACGACGCUGGACACACUGGAAAGCGUACAGCGACUGUGCCAUCCCGCCGGGUACUGUUUCUAUCUGCACUCGGACGGAAACGACACCAGCUUCAACUAUACUAUCGUGAAACCCGCAGACACGUGGACAUACGUCAUUGACAGCCCCUUCAUAUACGACACCCAGCUGAGUUCCGACAAACAAUUCGACAUUGUUAAACUACAGUCAAGACUGGACUACGCGCACUUUCUUUGGCUCGAAUCCUCCACUGGCAGGACGCCUUCGACUUCGUACAACAUGUCAAGCCUGGCACUCUUGAAAGGCUUUGAGACACCAGGGGUUCAUGGGCUGGGUGAACGCAUGCAAGACGACCUAUUAGUAAUUUUCGUGCUGACAUUCCUGAUCCCAUUCGUUGCACGAAUCACCGCCAUUGUGAAAGAGACGGAAUCGGAUUCCAGGGUAAUGCUGCAACUCGUGGGCGUCCGAGAAUCCACCUAUUGGUUGGCCCACCUUUGCACAAAUAUAACUAUUACGGUCCUGAGUUGCUCCUGGGUCACUGGCCUCUUCGUUCUCUUCCCAACGUGCUGUUUCCCUAAAUCAGCUGACGUCACUCUGGUGUUCUUCGCACUAUUUGUCUUCUGCGUUCAUCUCGCACUGCAUGUUCUCUUGGUAGCCAUCGUCUUCAGUAAUGCUAGAAAGGCCCAGGUCUUCGCCAUACUCUAUUGGUUUCUCUUGGCAAUGUACCCAUGGUAUGUCAUCGGACGUAGGGUUUUUCACUUUGUGCUGGCACCACGCUCUCUAAAGCUUGUCCUAUCUGCGACACCGAUAAUGGGUACCUACUGGGUACUCAGUAUGAUAACUAUGUUCAGCUCCUCAGGAUUCGCCAAUUGGUCCUGCAUCACGAAACAUAUCGCUGGUACCAGUAACAUCACCAUACUAGAGAUUUGGUUUGCAAUGAUGAUAACCAGCUUCGUAAUGGUUCUCCUCAUCUGGUGCUUGACACGUCUGCUCCCCUGGGUGGUUGCUGCUCCUCAACCAGUAUUGUUUCCAUUCAUGGCGUCACACAAGACGCCUGGCGUUGUGGACACGACAGGGCUUCAGAGUACUCCGCCUCGUGGUACAAAAUUUGAACGACACCCAGACGGGGUUGCUGUGGUUGUUGUUAGAGGCUUAAGUAUGUAUUUCGGUAGAAACAAGAUCCUGAAUGAGGUGAACGUGAAGUUUUACUGCAGUGAGAUAACUGUCCUUCUUGGACACAAAGGCGCAGGAAAAACUGCAUUAAUGAAUGUGCUUGCAGGCCUGCUACAACCAACAAUGGGUACAGCCUCAGUCUGCGGGUAUGACAUACUGAAAAGCAUUUGGAAGGUUCGAAGGUGCGUUGGCUUUUGUCCUCAGAAAGACGUACUAUAUGAGGAUCUCACCAUAAGGGAACACCUCCACUUUUUUGCCAUGCUGAAGGGUGUCAACCGGAGCCAGCUACUGGAACGAUGUAAAAGCGUCUUACACGCCGUACGCAUAUAUGAAGAUCGAUACUUACCUAAACAGGUAUCAGACGGAAUAAAGAGGAAGCUGAGCGUAGCCAUUGCAAUGCUCACGCAGCCCAAGGUUCUCCUACUGGACGAACCCACGACAGGAAUCGACACCGGUUCGCAGAUGGAUCUUUGGAACGUACUCUUGUCGUUGCGCCAAAACUGCACAAUCGUCUUGAGCACUCAAGACGCUCGAGAGGCGGAGGCCAUAGGACAUCGCAUUGCCAUUAUCUGUAACGGAGAGAUACGUGGUUAUGGCACACACAUAUUCCUGAAGAAUGCCUUUGGAGCUGGCUAUGAGCUGCAGAUUGAAAAGCGAAGCAAGUUUAAUCUGUAUGGGGUACUCGAAAUCGUCAAAGGUACUGCACCUGACUGUGAUGUCACGAGUGCGACACUGUCGGAAGUGAGAGUUUCCCUGGGUGUCAGAGACCCUGAAGGAUUCGAUAAGAUGUUUGCAACACUGGAGCAGCAAGGUCAAGCACUGGGCAUUGGUCGAAUUCGCAUUGAAACCCUCACAAUGGGUGAUGUUUACAUGAGGGCAAAUUAUGACGAAGACGGCGAAAAGAACAGUCUAGCACAACAAGAAUAUGACCUGGAAGUAGAGCGCCUCAUCAGUCUCACACAACAAAGCCCUAUGCAGAACCGGAAACUUCGGGCGCUGCUCACGAAAAGGCUUCUGUGUUUGCGCCGUAAUUGCUCGGCUUUAGCUCUUGGAACUAUGUUGCCCGUGAUGCUUAGUUCGUUGCUACUAUACAGCCAGUCGAUGAUUGGCGAUCCCGGAGACUUUUCGCCCGAACAAGUGCAGUUUCUCAUGGGCAUCCACUUGUACUCUUACACGACGGUCUUCUUCGAAAACAAUGGUGGGAAGGAUGACGAUUUUGCUGUCAAGUAUUACAAGCCUUUGCUUCAGGAGGCGGAGCGUUUUGUGGAAAUUGCCAGCGUCGAUGACCACUUGCGACGGUUGCGAGAGAGCAACGAUGUCGACACCUAUCCGUUCGCCGUGGGAGGUUCGAUUAUUGAUGGCAGACUUGUGGGACGCUGGAACGUCUUCUAUACGCUGAGUAUGGUGGUUUCUCUCAAUGUUGCCAACACAGCUCUUCUCCGGUUCAUAUCGGGAAAUGUGGAUGCUCGCAUUGUGACCGCGGUAAACUUCGGGUGCAUGCCACAGAUGGCACAAGCAUCGACACGACUGGCCGACAUCGUACCUUUCUUGUCAGUCAUGUUAACAGCGAUAUGCAUCCCAUUGGGAUUGGCUUUCUCUGCCUGUUCAAGUGUGCCAUUUUUGAGUAUGGAACGGGCAACCAACAACAAGGCCUUACAAACUAUGUAUGGUGCCUCCAGCCAUCUUUACUGGCUCUCAAAUCUUAUUGUGGACUGUUUUUUGUUUGUCCUGUCAUGGACCGCCGUCGGCGUUGUGUACACGCUCCAGUAUCCGUCUCUGCUUGCAUCAGCCAAACUUGCUGGUCUGCUGCUUAUUUCCGCUAUGGCCUUAGAGAAUAUCAGCCUGGCGUAUCUCCUGAUGCUCACAUUUGACAACUACUGCAAAGAACACGUUUACAAUAAUGUCCUUCUCGCCAUAUUCGUCGGAGGAGCUGUCCCAUUGAUGUGCCUCGGGUACGUGGACAAAUUGCCUAUCGACAUUCUUCUGAGUGUGCUACCCUUCUACACCUCCCCAUAUGCUCUGGCUAAACUCUUGAGAAUCGACCGUGAAAAUAAUCUGUGUCUCCGACUUCUGGACAUUAAGGCGGGCAGCAUGGAAACACCCUUGAUACGCAGCUACUGCCAGGACAGGAAGGAACGAAACCCUGCUUCUCUCCCAUACUGCUGCCGACAAUACUAUGCAAACAAGACUAGAGAAGAGCUACUCUUUAUCCCACAAACCUUCUCACAACGCGGAAUUGGUCUGCAGUCAGUUGUCAUGAUCGUGAUUGGUGUCGUUCUUUUCUUGUACGUGUGCAAGAUGGACAGCUGCUUAGAAAUGGACUACUAUGGCCGGAAGUGGCGAAUGGCAGAGGAGGAAUCCCGGAACCGAGCAGUGGAAGCUGAACGACUGAAAGUGGAGAAAGUAUGCACUGCAAAUGACUUUUCAGCUUACAACCUUGUGAUAAGGAGGCUCGAGAAAGGAUUCAAAGACAGAAGUGUCAUCAGAGGAAUUUCACUUGCUCUGAGUCCAAGCGAGUGUAUUGGACUGAUCGGUACUAAUGGUGCUGGUAAGACUACCAUCCUUCAAACGCUUGCUGGGCUGCAUGCACCUUCUGGGGGAGACGCAUACAUGGACGACAUCAUUCUCAGCAAGCAUAAUCGGAAGUGGCAGUGUCGUGUUGGGUACAGUGUUCAAAGCGGUGCCUUAUUUGAUGAUCUGACUGCAAGUGAGAUGCUGUCGCUCUACGCUCGAUUACGAUGUGUGCCAGACGUGGAUGGUUUGGUCGAGAACUUGAUCAUAUUGCUGGGUCUCACAGCACACGAAGAUACGAUCGCCUACCAUUAUAGUCCAGGGAUCAAAAGUCGACUCUCUGUAGCGAUCGCGUUGGUUGGCCUACGUCAAUUACUGCUGCUGGAUGAGCCAAGUACAGAUGCGGACGUGCUGUCCAGGAAGAUGAUCCUCAACAUUGUUCGCGCUGUCAGGAAGACUUGCGGUGCCAGCGUCAUCAUUGGCUCACGCAGCAUGAAGGACUACGCCACAGUGUGUGACCGUAUUGCAAUUCUGCAUCGCGGCCGGUUUCUCUGUCUUUGUACUGCUGACGAAUUUCGAGAGAGGCACGGCCAAGGCAUCACAUUCAGUUUUCAAGUUGCGAACCCAAUGGAACCGCUAAACCUUGCCCUGCAAGCAGCCGUCCUGAUUGCUUUCCCUGGUAGCGAGCUUCUAGAGUUCGAGAAGGUGACCAGGACACUUCCCUGGAGUGAAGUCUUUGAAAAGAUCGCUGGUGCACGACGUCGAUUUCUAUUUCAGGAGGUCGUAGUGCGCAAUUUCACUCUGGAGACAAUUUUCAACAACUUAACUGAGACUGCGCACAGUCGCAAACCAGAAGUUCCUUCGGUGACUUCUCCAGCAGUGCCCGUGAUAUCCAGCAGCGGUUCACAGACUUGAUUCAAAUAAUGUAAGGAGCAAGCAGAUCGCUCUUAAGUGAUAUUGAAAACUAGAAAGUUUAUUAUCAACACUAAAGCAAAUCCUCUUACGAAGACGCACAUUAAUGGACGAUUAAACGCAUUAAAUACGUACGGCAAAGUACUUUCUUCUGAUUGUCUCGUUCGUGGUAGUGUUCGGAUCCCGCGAUCCCGAAAUAAUUUUAUGUGCCAAAUUUAUAUUCGGGAUUAAUUAAUCGAGAAUUUAUUCGUUGGCACGAGUGAAAAGGAAAGGACAGUGUCUUUCCGACUUUUGGCUACACGCGUUCCUUCCCCGAAAAGUAUAUUUUGUAUUUCGAAACCGAACCAACCUCAUCCUCUACGCCACAUGACGUUCGACUCUGACUUUGAACUUCUCAAGCCAUUGCUAAUGACAGCCCUCAAGUAGUAUUAAUGCUCCUAGGAAAUAAUCUUUCUUUCUUCCCGCGGACUGUCCUGGAAUGGAAUGAGCUACCACAGGCGAUAAUGAAUAGUUCUACGGUUGAGAAUUUUUGUAAACUGAUAGCGACAGUUCUGAAUUAAUGUCUUCUGUUAUCACUUUUUGUUUACCUUGUGUGUUUACCUUAAGUGUUAUGUAUCCCACCCUACUUAGGCUUACUUGUAAGCCAGUAGU